AAUGAAUUCCGCGAUCUACUCGCACGCACUUCGUUCCUUUCUAUGGCUGAAAACCUGAAACCGUCGAAUGAUCGCGGCCUUUUCGAUACCUUUUUCCCAGGACUGGUUGAUGACAUUGUGAAAGAAUGUGAAAAUGACAGAGAAAUAGGGGAUGCCCUGCGUCAUAUUCGAGAGGUAAUUUUAAACCUGGCUAAUGAACUGCCGUUUGAGCUUCCCACGAGCGCUUCCCACAGCUUGUAAGCAUAAAUCAGUGUAAAGAUAGCUUUUCUUACUGCUGUAGUCACUGUCAGUUUAUUUUGUGCUCAGUUUAAAACGUAUCAUCUCCUAUCGUGGUGGUGAGUAAGGCUUACUAUCUAGAUGAGAAAAGAGAAGAUAAAUUAUGUUUAUAUUCCUGAUAUAUGGGCCGGCCGGCAUAUGAUAAACAAGUCUGGACGAACACAGGCAGCCCAACUGCGCAAAGCGCCGCUAGGGACCUUCUAAGUUAUAAUAAUUUAUUAUCUGUAGAAUUUGGAACGAUUUCCAUUCAGAUUUCCAUACAGUCCCAUAGAUUUAUUAUGCAUAAAUAUUGCUGCAUGCAUGUUAUAAUAAAUUUAUGGGGUUGUACGGAAAUCUUACCUUUAAGGUUUUAUUUACCCUAAAUCCUCUAUUAAGCUGCCCAGGGCGCUUAUUUAUUUCAAGCCCAUUUGAGGGAGGGGCUUAUUUGAGAGGGGGGGGGGGCCAAAAAUUUAGAAACAAGGAUGGUGUUAGUUUUCCCUAAAUAACUAGAAUACAAAGUGAAAAAGCUCAAGUACAAGAAGGUUGGAGGUUGUGCAGCCGAGGAUCGGAAUCGAAUCCGAACUUCCAGUUGGUAAAUAAACCAUCCCGGAUCAUUCCACAUGAAGUUUUACAGUUGUGAUUGAUUAGUAGAGUCUAUCAUUAAUUAGUGAACAAUAAUUAGGGGAGGGAAGGGGGAGCUUACUUUAGAGGCAGGGGGGGUUAUUAAUAAGACAAUUUUUAUAGCAGCUAAAAACUCAUAUUUGUACAAGUUAUCACUCUGAAAAGGCCGUUCAUUUGUGAUGCAGUAUGCUUGAAUUUCUAAGCUUUUGUAUCACAUAGCAUUUAUGUGGCGGCCAAGAGAGCUGUCAUGCAUGUAAAGAAAGUGACUUAUUUUGGGCUAUUUUUGCUAUCUGAACAAUCAUUGUUUCAGAAAAGGCAUCAUUUUAAUGUUCAUGAUUUCUUUGAGAGAUGAAUUCACAUUUAACUAAUAGUAAAACUCACCAUAUUGUUUUCCAUCCAGUUGGUCACCGAUCUAGCAUCUCCAUAUAAAGCUCUACAAAUUAGGGGGAAUCGAUAAGAAACAUUAAUCUGUGAAUUUGUUUUUCAUUUACCAAUUUUCCCUGAAAUGUGUAUCACUCGAUGUUUACAUGAACUUGAACAAAUUUUUGGAAUAUUCUUGACAUGUUAAAAGUUUCAAUAUAUUUUUUGAAGUGAAAUCAUUUUGCUAAGGAAUAUACAUGUAAAAGACCCACUCUUUAGGCUACUGCCCAAACGGCAAGUCAGAACUUGAUUUAUUUUGAAUCAAUACAACUGCCAAAACACCCACAGCCUUGCCCUCCUAGCAGUUUUCUUCUUUUUUGGCACAGUGUUUGUAGUGUUUAGGAAGUCUUUCAUGUAGUUAGUAUUUGCUGCUAAAAUCUAUGCGGGAAACAAACCUUUCUGAGCAGGGUAUCACAUCCUUUCUCUUGGAAAAACAAACAUGUUACUCAUUUUUUUUCUGUCCGACCCUCCCCCCCCUAUGAUGGAACAAACACAAUACUGGCCUUUGACUUCUGUUCAUAUUUCAGGUGCUAGAGUACAAUGUCCCUGGAGGUAUGUAGAAACUAUGGGUUUUAACUUUCUCAAACAUCUUGUACAUUAGGAUCUGUGAUGAGAAAAAAAGGUUUUCUUACUGCUUUUACCCUUUAAGCCCCAAUAUCCACAAGCAAAUUCUCCAAACUGAUCUCUAUACAUUUCUUUAAGGAAUAAGUUGAGAGAAUUUGAGAAAAGAUCAAAGCAUUUUCUCUUUGGUGAUCAUUUAAGUAAUUCUCAUAACCUAAUCUCUUGACAUUGUACGGAUAUUGUUAGGAGAAAAUUGAUGUUGGUCACUAUUGGGACUUAAAGGGUUAACAAGGGGCAAAAACAUAUGGGCUUGAUGAGCAAAUUGAAUGGACGUGGAAGGUUUGGAAGCAAAACUGCAGACAAUGUAUUGCUUUAAUUAUUUGGGCUUCUCUGAUCUCUUUACAGUGCUCUAAAGCAACAGUUCACCACUAACAGUUUUCGUUUGCAAAAGUUUUUUUGUAUUCCUGUGUCAUGUUUGAACAUACUACCGGUACUUUGUAAACCAUGUAAAGCAAUGUAUUGUAAUGUGUAUUCCUUUGGGAUGAUCUUUAUCACUGACACUCUACUGGCAUCAUGAUGGUACAUCUGAACUGAUAAAUCCUUUCCCUGAAUGGAUUCAUUGAUUCCUUUGAUGUGCUACGAUCCAAGUGAUCCUGAUCCAUAUCAUCUCAAUGGAAUGCACCCAUUGUAAGUUUCUUUUAAUGGGUAACAUUCCACACAUCACAAGUAGAGAUUGUUUAAUUGAUACCUCUGCCUACAUGUACACAUAACUAAAGCCAAACCUCAAUUUAUACCUGCUCUGAAACAGCACUUUGGAUAAUGAUCAGGACAUUGGGACCAACUACAGAGAUACCAAGCUCUGGAGCUCUAAAAUCUAGACUUUUCUGUUUAUUUUUUUCUACAGUCUCCUACUUUUAUUUACCAACACAGCCUUGGCAGAUCCAGUACACAUGCCAGAAAAAGGCAUGAAUGUAAAUUGCGAAAGAGGUGUUAAAAAAUCCAAAAUGCCAAAGCGUACGGGAAAUUACUCCAGCCAAGUCAAUUAACAGGUAGCACAUUAAUUUGGUAUUCUAUAUAUGGCCAGCCAAUUGAUAGGUAUUUAACGAGGAGGGCCUUUUAGCACUUUUGACAAAGUUGAAGCUGUGAAAUCCAGGGUGUCUAGCAAAGGAUUUGUAUAAAAAACUGGAAAGAUUUGCUAGUCUGACCCAAGAGUCACUGGGAACUGCUAGAGCACAGUUCUGUUACAUACUUGUACUAAUUAAUGUAUUAAAGUCUUUUUCUAAUAAUUUUUUUCACAUUAUAGGGAAAAGGAAUCGUGGUCUCUCUGUGGUUGCCUCCUUGCGUCAACUUAUAAGCCCUGAUAAUCUGACCAAAGAGGAUGUAAGAACUGCAGUUAUACUUGGAUGGUGUGUUGAGUGGGUAAGUAAAAUGUCAAAACUCGUUGGCCUGAUUUUUUUCAUGAGUAUAAACUACUUCAUUGCCAUCUGUUGAACAUAAAUCUUUAGUUAGUGACAACCCUGGAUGUUGAUGUUGGUUUUUUAUUUCCAAAAACCAUUUAAAAUAGUUACAGACUCGACUCUCGGUCUUUAAAAAUACACCUGGAUUUAAAAUUAACUCCAGCUGGUGCUUUUAAGUGGCCAAUCAGGAAAGUUUCCUUGAAGUCUUAGCGGUCUGGGCAAGAAUAAAGUGGCCCUUGAUGUCUUGUUUAACAUUUCAACACUGUUUUUGAAGUGAUGCAUGUGUAGAAAAAGUGCAUUUUCAUGGAACCAAAAAAUUGGUACAGAUGGUUUGCCAUGACUUUGGGCACAGAAUCAAGGAAUUGUUUUCCAUGGGAUUUGAAAUCCUAGGGCUUGAUGGCACAUUGUCUGCUCACAUCAUGUGCUCUGAUGAUUAUAAUAAUUAUAUUAAAAUGAUGGUUAUGGGUCUCAAUCUGGAGGUCCAGGAUAAUUUCAAGCCUGGCCCAUCAGGUUGUUUCCGUAGACAAGGAACUUUAUUCCACUUUGUCUGUCUUCACCCAGGUGUAUAAAAGGGUACUGCGACAUACUACUGGGGGUGGGGGUGGGGGGGGGGAAGUAGCAAUACUCUAGGCAUGCUUUAUAAUUAUGUUAAGGAAUUUGGGAUAAACUCCAGCUCAUGAGGGGACACAGAGGCUUUUUACUGGAAGUACCAUCCCACGCAGGGAUGUUUCCUCUGCGGGCAGCUAAUCCGACUUAAUCCCAUUUAAUAUGUCGCACUCCUCGAAAGUGCGAAAAUUUUCUUGUUGUGUAUUAGAUUUCAGAAACAUUUUCUCAAUCUUCAUUUCGCCCCAGAAUAAAUUAGUUUGUGCGCAAAGGGCUCCUAAAAAAAUCACUUCGAGUCCACCUUCUGGAGAUACGCCGGCUUGGUAGCUGGAAUACAUUGCCGAGGCGAAGAUCUGGCAUUUUUUCCUCCUCGUCGUAUUUUCUUCCCGACAAAUGUUUAUAUUUGUAGUGAGAAUGCAGUGCAUAUCUGUGGAUUUUACUUCAGGCGGCUUGCUACUUCUGAAAGAAGAGUGCCGGAUUUCAUCGUUUUGUUCAUGUUUAUUAGUGUUGGUAAAUGUUAGGUAAAUGAACCGACCACUGUAAGGUAAGAAUUGAAGUUUUAAAUUUGUUACUCGGCGAAAAAUUGUGGAAUUGGAAUUUGUGAAACUCGUGAGUAUUACCUCUGUUACCUAAUGUAAUGCGAUGACUCCUCGCUUUUUUGAUGCGUAACAUGGAUACAAGCGAUAAAUUUCUUUCGCAAAGUGAAGUAUAAUUUACUUAACGAGACCAUUUGAUGAAUAUUUCUCGUUAUAUGCUUUAUUCAUAUUUGCUUGGCUUAUUCAGGUUACAUGCCAGGAGUUUGAUGACAAUGUUUGUGUGCUAUAAUCAUGCUGAUACGUUUUUGCCUUUAUAUUGAAACUCAUGUAAGCCAAAUGUUUGUUAACUCUAGCAAAACACUCUUCUAUUAUGUAGGAACUUUUAACGUCUUUCGGGGCCCUAAUAUGGUGUCAAAUUUUUAGGGGAAACAAAGCUUGAUUUUUGGCCAAACAGACUAUAGCUUUUUUGUCUUUGAAGAGAGCGCGAGGCAAACGUCCGUGAGUACAGUGUAAGCCAGUGAUUCUUUAGGUAGAGCUAACAAACAUAGGCUGCACUUUAGGUGGCACACCCAUGGGUGCAGUGUAACCCAGUGAUUCUUUAGGUAGAGCUAACAAACAUAGGCUGCACUUUAGGUGGCACACCCAUGGGUGCAGUGUAACCCAGUGAUUCUUUAGGUAGAGCUAACAAACAUAGGCUGCACUUUAGGUGGCACACCCAUGGGUGCAGUGUAACCCAAGUGAUUCUUUAGGUAGCACUAACAAACAUAGGCUGCACUUUAGGUGGCACACCCAUGGGUGCAGUGUAACCCAGUGAUUCUUUAGGCAGAGCUUACAAACAUAGACUAUACAGGUGUACAUCAGAUGGUAAAAGGUUUUCCAGUUAAAACUUUGUCAUAAAGUGCUACACCAUGGCACUUCGACUAUUUCAUUAUCGCGCUUGUUUUGACGCACAAUUGAUAGUCAGGAGAAGUCGUAUAGUCUAAAACCGUAGAAAAAGACAAAUUUACACUCAUCACAGCGUUAAGGUAAUACACGGUAUUUCCUUCAGGUACAUUUACAUUUUCUGUUAGGUUAUAAGCAAUUAAAUCGCAUGCAGCGACGAACAAAACGCGAAGCCGUCAGAUAUUCUAGAACCGUGUUAUUUACAGUGCUGUGCAUUAUCAUUGCUUAACUAACUAAGUACGCGCUGAUGGAAAUAAGUUUCGGCUGCUUUAAAUUUUGAAACAAUUCACUGGUACUGUAUAGUCAUAAUUGGAGCGUAAAGUUAGCACGCGAGCAGGGCGAUUCUGCUGUGGUUUCUGUAAUGUAGAAGAUAUUACGGCAAUGAGGCUCCUGAGGUCCGUUCUGGAAAUCACAACUACAUGUAGGAUGAAAUGUAUUCUGCGUCUCCUUUUCCAGGUUAGGUUAAAUAAACCGUACCAACGGUUUGUUUGACGAAGCUCCCGCGAGACGGUUUCUUGGUGAUUUUAUUAAUUUUUCCGAUCCAUUUUUUUUUUUCAGCUCUAUUUUCGCGGCUUUUGCAAUACAAACUAAAUUCAUUUUUAGUUGUGAUGGCGGCAUUACACUGCUUAAUCAUGACAGCUUUGGAAGAAACUGAAUAUAGUGCUUCUUCGCGAUUUCACAAAAUCGCUGCGGGAAUUAAAGAAUAUUUUCUUCCAAAAAAGCGUUUUCACGCUUCUUUCUCUAGUCAAUUAUCUCGUUUGUCUCGUUUUCUAAAGGUCCUUGAGAACAGAGUAAGACAAUAUUUUAUUACCUACAACCUAAAAACCUGAUUUUUGACCAGAUCGAAACAAAACUGACCUCUGAAAUGGAAGAAGAAAAGCCUUUUAUUUUUGCCGGCUUCGGCCUGCCGCUGCGAUCGUGUCCGUUUUGCUUUCAUAUGAUGACAUUUUCCUGACAGAAGGGUGUUGGGAAAAACACCUCGCGCUGAUCAUACGUGACAAAAUCCGCCGCGCCUAAGCUAAUUAAGAAAAGUCUCCUCGAAAGCUCCAUACAAUUCCUCAUAACAAAAUUAUAAGGAAUUGUAUGGAGCUCUCCAGGAUACUUACAGUGCAAGCCCUGUGUGUCUUCUCAUGUUUGGGCCUUUGGCUUGUGUGCACCUAACUUUUUUUUUUACCUUAUAUUUUUUUAGUUACAAGCAUUCUUUCUGGUUGCUGAUGACAUCAUGGAUGAAUCACUGACAAGGAGAGGCAAGCCAUGCUGGUACAGAAAGGUGACAGAUUAGAUUUUUAAUUCAUUAGAAUCAUUCUAAAAUUAUUACAAUAAAAUUAUUAUGCUAUAAUACAGCUGAUAAUAUUAUAUUUUGCUUUAUGUUAAAAUUAAGGUGAAAACAAGAUGAAUCGCAAAACACUACUACCUUGAUCCUGGAUUGGACAGAGCAAUGAUUUAGUUGUUGUGUCCAAAUUAGUGAGCUGGAUGCGGCAGUAGGAAAUUCAAAUCAUUUCAGCCAUUCUGGAAAGCUUCAAAAAUUGUGGGCUGUGAUUAGAGGCAAUGCAGUAGAAUUUUUGCAUCACCUCAUUUACAAAAAAUACAUGUAGUUGUAGAAAAUUAUCAACUUUAAUUUUCCUAGCUGUUUUUAUUGUUAUAGCAACAUUUGAAAUUAUUCUGUAUUUUCUGUUUACUAGACUGGAGUUGGCAGUAUUGCUAUAAAUGACUCUUUUCUCAUAGAAGCAACUAUUUACAAACUGCUUAAGAAGCAUUUGCAUCAGAAACCGUACUAUGUUGAUGUGCUGGAUUUGUUUCAUGAGGUAUGAGAUCAUGAUUUACAUCUCAGUGGCAUUUGUUUACAAGCUUUGUUUAAUUCAUUUAUAACUUUCAUUAGUGAGGUCUUCCUAGGGAUGUUUGAAUACAUAAUUGUCCCUACUCUGAAUUUCAAAACCUGUUGUUUCGCUUAUUGAGGAGGAAGCCCUGUGGCUGUCGUUAGUGUCACUGAAUUGCAGUUUCAACCUAUCAUUGUGUCAUUUGUUGCUAUUUCUGCUGUCCUCUGUCACUGUUUCAAAUUGCCAUGUUGCUUUCCAGGUUAUUUAUAAUGAUUGUGUAAUGCUGUCAUUAUGUUGGCCCUCAAAUGACCUCCUCAUCACCAGAGUUCUCAGUAGCUCAGUGACGUGGUUAGAGCAUCUGAUUAGUGUCUGGAGGGCCAUGGGUCCAAUUCCCAUCCUGAACUCAGAAAUUUUUUCUGAGUUCUUUUCUCCACACAUAGAAUUCUUCCUAUUUAUUAUUUAUUGUUCAGAGAGUAUUUACAUGACUGUGCGAUGCAGUUAAAUCCAUUUGUUCAUUUUGUAUAAUGUGAUUGUGCAAAGCGGUCAUUCAGUCAUUAACUUAUAACCAUUAUAACCAGUGCUUCUUCCUAGAGUUUUUUAGCUCAUUAUUUUGUUAUAGCAUCUGACUAGUGUCUGGAAGGUGGUGGUUUCAAUUCAGAAAACUCAGAAAAAGUUUCUGAGUUCUUUCGUCUAUACAUAUUCUGUUUAGUAUUACCGUUAGUCAGCACUCAAUAUAUAUAUAUUAUAAAAUGUAUUAUAUUUUAUAAUAGAUGCAUUUAUUUCCUAAAUUAUCUCCAUGAUAUAAAUGUAGGUUACGUAUCAAACUGCGACAGGACAAACAUUGGACUUAAUGACUCAGCCUGGAAAAAAUUUUGAGAACUUUACAUUAGAGAGGUAUGUACACACACUGGCUUUUAGUGUUUACAAAGUCAUUCACGUGGCUUGUCUUUUGCGUGGUUAGUUUGUUUGUGCAGAGGUGCUAAGGAAAACUCAAAUUACCAUGAAGUACGUUUUGUACAUGUAUGAAAAAUUAGUGGUAAAAUAAGAGUAAGGGCUCAACAUAGGGUUGGUAGAAUGCAGGAUUAGCCUUUUUUUUGCUACCACAUGUGGGAUGACAGAAUGUUUGAGGGUGGGAUGCAGAAUGUUUGGGAAGAGGGGGGAAGCUGGAACUAGAAGCUUGUCACUCUCAGGCUAAGACGUGGGAAUUCUUGGUUUUUUAUUCUGGGCAGGAAAUGGAAUGGAUGAUGACAAUUAAUGCUCUCCAAUAUUUCACCAUUCUGUGUCGAAAUACUAGUCUGAAGGGCCUUUGUUGUGGUUUAUAGGUUCUUCUCUGUUAAACGAUUGUUUGGUUCCUCAGCACUACCCAACAGCUUUUUGCCAUCAACAAAGACUGAUUUGUAAUGCUAACCUAACUCCUAAAAAUUUCUGCAUCACAUGCUAAAAGAAAAAACUUUACAAAAAAAGAUUUUUAGAAGCAGGAUCAGGUUGAGAUGUUAUUAUAAAGGCAAGCAAAAGGGCCGGACAAUUAAACACUGGUAAGACAUUAAUAGUUUGGAGGCUAUUGUCAGACCUAUUAAAUUGAUUUUAGGUUUUUGUCUUGUCUGUUCACUGUUUUAGAUACAAAGCAAUUGUGAAAUUCAAGACUGCAUUUUAUUCUUUUUAUUUGCCAGUGGCCUUGGCAAUGUAUAUGGUAAGUGUUUGUAUGGUUACUUUUGCCUGUAUAAAAUUUUAAACCUCUUGCAUUCUGGCCUGGGCAUAGGAUGUCGUCAGUAGACACAGUAAAAUCUUAAGUCGAACCUUUUAAUAUUGACACCUCUUUGGUAUAGACGUGUCUCUAGUACAGAGAGUUAUUUCAGUCCCAAAUAUUGUAAACUUCAAUCUCUACCUGAUGGGCCAGGCUUGAAUCCUGGACCUCUACCCGGAGUUUGAGGUGUUGACCGCUCAGCCACACAUGCCUCCAACUAACAAAUGUUUAAGCAAUAGAAAACGUUUUCCGUGUUUGCAUAGCCUGAUAUAAACACGAGAGGGGUUGGGAGAAUUUGAGACUGUUAUGCAAACCCUUCUACCCCUAAACUUGAUGAUCAUAAAUUGCGGUAAGAAACUAAUGUUAAAGUGACAUGCCGUAAAAUUUCGAAAAUAAGCCCCUCCAAAUAAAAGCCCCUCUAACUCGUAAUGCAAAAAACCCUCCGUUAAAUCGCCCCUCCGAAUAUAAGCCCUCGGGGGCUUGUACUUGGAAUUUGCGCUCAACUACAACUUAAAACAAUGCAAAAACGGUACAGUAACACUUAAUUUUUUUUUAUUUGCCAAAGGACUAUGGUCAACUAUUACUUGUGCCAAAUGAUUGCACGCGUCAGAAAGUGUCACAGUUUAUUGCUGUUGCGCCCAUAUAGAUAAGGUACUUGCAUGGCUGAGUUUUAAAAAGAUCUACAUCCUCAAGGCGAGUUUCAGUCUUUGUGCAAAUCACUGAGUGACAUAAAUUUCCUUCCAGCUAUAAGCUGGCCCAAUCGAGUAUGAGCCUAGCCGAUUUUGAAACGCAAAUUUCCCAAGCCCCUCAAAAAGGGCCUUUGAAAAAUAUAAGCCUCGGGGCUUGACUCGGAAUUUUACGGUAUCUGAAUGCGAUAUUCAGUUUUAACUUUCACGAACCAAUUUGUUGCACACAUGUUUUUGUUUGUUUGAAAUAACUGAACUUUUUAUUACCUUAGCGUUAAAAAAAUAUGAAUGUACAUACUUGAAUUAUAAUAAUAUAAAAGAUCCUUGAAAGUUUAUUAAAGCCCCUCGCUGCCUCCCAUUUGCUCCCAUUCCAGAACCACUGAAAAUGUAUGAGCUCCAAGAUGGCUAAAUACAUGGCAAUUGUUCAUGAUGUGUUCCACUUCCUCUUGUCGGAGCCAUGAGUUUGAAUCUUAUAAAUAAAGGACACAGUUUUUCUUUGCCUCAUUUCCAUAACAUUGCAAUUGAAUGUAUAACAGUCUUACUCAAUUUUGCAAUUUCGUACUUUUUUGUUACUUUUUGAUUGUGUAGGCUGGUAUAAAGGACGCACAGUCUCAUGAGAAUGCAAGGGAAAUUUUACUGGUUAUGGGGGAAUUUUUUCAAAUACAGGUAUGAGGGCAUUAUUCAUGACUUAAUGUAAUGUAGAUUUUGUAGCGUUUUCUCGGUUUUUCCAGCUUUUUUGAGGCCAGUUUUUCUUUAAUUCUGUGAUGUGUAGAUGUGCACUGCACAUCGAUGUCAAUAGGCCACCCCCGAGUUCAUACACCCUCACUUUCAGAAUGAGGCCAAGUACUCAACCUUUCUUGUGAAAAUGAGUUUUAUUUGCAUGAGAGUGAAAAAUCAUUUCCAUAUCAAAGGCUGAGCACUUAACCUAGUUUUGAUACAGAGUCCCGGAUGAACUCGAAAAUGGCCUAUUCUUUUCAUUUUUUUCUGUGUGCACAGGAUGACUACCUAGAUUGCUAUGGUGACCCUGUAGUAACAGGGAAAGUAGGAACAGAUAUUGAAGAGAACAAGUGUUCAUGGCUUGUGGUGCAGGCAAUUCAGAGAAUUACCACAGAACAAAUGGAAAUGUUAAAGGUUUGAAUAACGUUAUUCUCCUGUAGUCUGUGAAAGCAGUUUCAUUUUCCUGAAGCUGAAAUGCUGAAGACAUUCUGCUCGUAUCCUCUACUGCAUUGUAAAAGCCACGAUUAGUAGUUAGCAAGCUUUACCAACAACGACGGCGAGGGCUACGAAAACGUCACUUUAAAAGCGAAGUUUCACUGCUUUAAACUUUAUCGCGCUUAUUCCAUCAACUUGUGAAAUGUCGGCAUUUUUUUUUCUGGGGUUGCAUGGAUUCUAAAAGACUUCAUCGCCGUUCAGGAAAAGAAAAAGAAAGUCGUUGUCAUGUGUUCACGUCCUCCACAAAACGUGAAAUUAGGCAUGUUCACGUCGUAGUCGUGCAGUGACGGCAGAGAAAUGUACAAAAAAGCGUGAUGCACGUGCAAAGUCGUUGUUUUGCCGAUCUUAACCGAUUGCUUUUUUGCUGUUCUCGUUUGACGUUGCCUUUGUCAGUGCUUAUUAGGGACCUUACGAUCCGACAACGGCGACGUCUAUGAAAACGUCACUGAGAAAUAGACUCCGCAUCCUUUCAAACCAUUUCGCGAUUUUCCCAAAUCGUCCUGUUACUUAAAGGUGAUGUUACACGGAACGAUUCGCAACGACGAUUGUUAGCGCAACAUAGCGUUGCAAUGUUGGAACAAUGUUGUAACCAUUCAAAACAAUGCUGCAACAAUGUUACAACGCUGUUUUGUGCUAAAUUGCGAAUCGUCUCGUGUAACAUUACCUGAAAAUAAGGGAAUUUAGAGUGGAACUGAAGAGAGGGGGCCGCGCCCGAGUUCAGCCUGAGAUGGUAGAAUUUAUUGCCUUGUCGUUCCCGUCCUCGAAAAAACUUAAAUUUGGUCAUUUCACGUCGUAGUUGUGCAGAGACGGCAAAGAAAUGUACAAAAAAGCGUGAUGCACGUGCCGAGUUUUUUUUUUUUUUGGCUUACUAUUUUGGCUUGCGUUUGCGGUCGCCGUUGCCGUCGUAGUUUGGUAAGGUCCCUAUUGCCCACUCCGCCCUCCCUUAACAUGCAUAUUGAUGAACACAAUCAACUGGUGAAAAAGUGCAACAUUAUUGUGAAAUGUGUCUUAAAACCGCUUCGUUGUGCCCUCAUUACCAGGUUUGUACAUGUAGUUACAAUUUGAUCAAGCAAAAUUCUGGAUUCGAACUUGAAAAUAUUGGGCUAACGUUUUCGAUUUCUGAUGCUAUGCGUGGAAAAAUCAUCAAGAAAUGGUUAUGGUUUCUGCUCCGUGAUAAAAUUUGUUUGCUAACGUCUUCAUAACUCUUCAUUGGCAAUUUUUUGUAAAGCAAUGUCUUCGUGACAUAGCGACUUAAAAUUGCCCAUUCCCAACUUGGCGUAGGUAAUCACUGUCUAGUGGAUAUAAUAAAAGGUUGUUGUCAUUUUCCACAAAAUUUCCUUUUGUUUUAUCCGUAUCUUUUUAGAACAACUAUGGAGUUAAGAGUCCAGAGGCAUCCGCAAGAGUUAAGGAAUUAUACAAUGAACUGAACUUGAAGAAAGUUUAUCAGGACUACGAAGAGGAAAGCUACAAAAGCAUUCUUGAACUCAUAUCGCGAAAGUCUGGGAACCUCCCCAAAGAAGUGUUCUUGGAAUUUGUGAAAAAAAUAUACAAGCGAGAAAAAUGAUAAAUGACUUUGGAACAUUGUUUAGGAUUAGCAAUCUAACACAACGAUUUUGAACUAACUAUUAUCUGCCAAAACGCGUCGUUAAGAUCGUUGUGUUAUUAUUUUUUUUAAAUUACGACCGGCUUACGGCCAUCUGUACACUGUGCAAUAUUGCGACAAUAUUUCUCGCAAAAAAAAGACGAAAAAUCCUUUUUUUACUUGAACUCAGUGCGCAUCAAAUUUCAUCUUACAACUACCAUUUUCAACUUUGCGCACAUUUUCAAUCUUCGGUCAAUCAAAUUUUUUUCAUAUUCAAAAAUUAGCCACUUGUUUAAAACGUCAAUACUUCUGUUGUUCACAUGGUAACCGCUCAGCAAAUGUUACUAGCAACGUUGUGCGCAAUAUUGCAGGCAAUGUUGCACUAUGUGUCCGACCCUUUAAUACGAGUCAUUAUGAGACGAAUAAUCAUGAUAAUAAAAAGUAUAACCUGGUAGUUCGAAAGGAAGAAAAAAGAAAACCUCAGAGACGACGGGUGAAUAAAAAUACAUUACUAUCGAAAUCUUGUAACGUCUUAAUAAUUUUGUCAAGCAUUUAACAUG